UUGGGAAUCCAAAAAUAAUAGUAACCCCCACCCCACCCCCCUCCUCUCUUUCCAUUUCCCAUUUCCUCCUCCUCUCCUCUCCAUUCCCCCUCACAAACAAUAAUUCCAUUCCACCAUGAAAAACAUAACCACCGGAAUGGCCAAUGCCAAGCCCUUGAGCCACUCCUCAUCUCUAGCCACCAAGGCAUUAAUGCCCCCUGCCCACAUCACUCUCAAGAGAAAAAGAGAUGUGGGCUUAGCUGACAACACUGGAGCUGAUGAGGAUGAGGAUGAUGAAGAGGAGUGUAAAGAAGAGGUGGAGAAGAAGAUAGUUGAGCUGCAGAAGAUAGUGCCAGGGGGAGAGUCACUUGAGAAUGUAGACAAUCUUUUUGAAGAAACAGCUGGCUACAUUUUGGACUUGCAGAACCAAAUCAAAGGUCUCAGAGUUCUUGCUUCUUUUUUUCAAUUACUUGACAAGCAAAAAUCUAAGCUUGGAGGCUGACAAUCUCUGAUUCACAACCACCAUAUUUUCUCUUAUUUAAAUAUAAUUAAUUACAUUUCCUUUUCA